CAGUGUGUUUUCUGUUCUUCUGUGGGAAAGUGCACUGCCAGCAGCAGCCUGAUCCCUGGAGCUCAGCCCUCCCGGGGACUUCGGGACAUGCUGCCACCCAACUGCUCGGUGCACAGCGAGGCGGCGGAGCUGGCGGCAGCCUCGCUGCUGCUGCUGGAGUGCGUGCUGGGCAUGCUGGGCAACGCCGUGGCCCUCUGGACCUUCUUCUUCUGCCUGAAGGUGUGGAAGCCCUACGCCGUCUACCUGUUCAACCUGGUCCUGGCAGACCUCCUGCUGGCCGCCUGCCUGCCCUUCCUCGCCGCCUUCUACCUGAGACACAAGACCUGGGGCCUGGGGCACACCGCCUGCCAGGUGAUGUCCUUCCUGCGGGCCCUCUGCCGUGGGUCAGGCGUCGCCUUCCUCACUGCCGUGGCCCUGGACCGGUACCUCCGAGUGGCCCACCCUCGGCUCAAGGUCAACCUUCUAGCCCCGCGGGUGGCCUGGGGGAUCUCAGCCCUCGUGUGGCUCCUGGUGGCCGCCCUCACCCACCAGAGCGUGCUCCUGUCCGAGGCCCAGUGCCCCGGCUCCGAGCCCCGGACAGAGUCCUCCUUCAGUGCUAUCUGGCAGGAAGCCCUCUUCUUCCUCCAGUUUAUCCUUCCCUUUGGCCUCAUCCUAUUCUGCAGCGCCAGCAUCAUCAGGGUUCUCCAGAGGAGGCUCCGGGACCCAGACAAGCAGCCGAAGCUGCAGCGGGCGCAGGCGCUGGUGGCCGUGGUCGUGGUGCUGUUCGCGCUGUGCUUCCUGCCCAGUUUCCUGGCCCGAGUCCUGCUGGCCGCCGCCCGGUUUUUCGUCUUCCCUUCCUCGGUGAAGGCCCUAGAGCCGAAAACCAGAAGUUUCCCAGAGAAGAAGGAGUUCUGCCUCCAGACCCGAACACAGAAACCCUGCCUGAGCUUCCGGCCCUGCAAGUUUCAGGCCUGCCAGCCCCACAGGCGCGCGAGCCAGUUCCCUUAA